AUGUCAAGACACCGUUUCGUCCGUGGUAUGGAUCUCGCCACAGCUCAGGAUGACUACGAAGCACUAUCUGAUGGAGGGGAGGAUCCGGACGACGAGAUCACUCCAGAGCAACUUGCCCAAAUGAACUCUGUUCGGGAACAUGUUAGAGCCGUCAUUGGCAAUCCCAAGAAGAGUGGCAUCACAGACAAGGAAAUAGACGAUGCCUCGUGGGACUACUACUUUGAUCUAGACCAAACAAUGGAUUACAUCCUAGGUUUGUCCCUCCUUGUGCUCGAUGCUUCAGCCACUCCUUACCUUGGCUCAGAUGUUCAAUCGAAGCGCAAUGCAGCAAAAGAACGGCAAGCCAUAGAGCCUACUACUCCCAGUGAAACUUCUACCCUUUCAAACCUUCAGCAGCUUGCUCUUGCAAAGAAGGCGGAGUCAAAGCCGGCACCCAAAUCCUUGGCCAUGCUCGCAAAGGCGGGCUCAAAACCUCUCCCCUCCAAGGAACCAACCAACAACAACAUGGAGGUUGGCAGUGCUCCUUCGAGUUCAGAGCGCCCUCUCUCCAAGCUGGCACAACUUUCAGCACGAAGCAAAGUGGCUGCUCCUCCAGCUGCUAAGGGGGUGCCUUCCGUUGGACCUGGACAGUCAAAGCUAGCUCUUAAAAUCAGCGCAGCACGCAAUAAUACAACAAAGCAAUCGUUGCCCGCUGAGACGGUUGUGGGUCCGCCUCCUUGGGAGAUGCAGCCUUCAGGAAACUCGCGAGUACGAGCGGCCAAGGCGUCCCCAUUCGGCACUACCCUUACGAACAUUGCGCACCAGCAAACAAACUCAUCUCCUCCCACUCUCAACACUUCCUCCUCGGCGUUCAAGUUUGAUACGCCAAGCCCCGACGACACCGUUUUGCAUGCUCGCCGUGGAACAUCCCUUGCAUCCCGCUCCGUCGUGGAAAAGGAAAAGCAAGAGAGGAUGGCGGCUGUGAGAGGUGGCGUGGCGUCUGGAGCCGCUACGCCAGUGCGGGGAAACAAGAAGAAUAAGACGGCAGGCGUAUUGUCUGGAACAGCAACACCUAUUCAUCGACCACCGACUCAAUUGGAUAUCGAUAUGAUCGCACUUAAUCUCAAGGAGAAGGAGGAUCUUCCUCCGAAAGAGAUGGAAGAACCACCAAAAGCUUCAUUUACCAGAGAAGCACUUUUGGAACAGGCAAAGAAGUCAUUGGCCGGAGAAGGAGACGCAAAAAUUAGUAUCAGUCUGGUAAUCAUUGGACAUGUCGAUGCUGGCAAGUCGACACUAACCGGGCGUCUCUUGUACGACCUUGGAAGAAUAGAAGCCAGGAAACGGACGCAGACCGAUCGCGCUAGCCAGAAAUCCGGUAAAGGCAGUUUCACAUGGGCUUGGGAGCUCGACUCAGGAGAAGAGGAGAGGGAUCGAGGAAUCACGAUAGAUAUAGCGCAGACGGUUAUUCCGCUUCCGACGCGAGAGUUGGUUGUUCUCGACGCGCCUGGACACAAGGACUUCGUCCCGAAUAUGAUAUCAGGUGCUUCACAGGCGGAUUGCGCUCUCCUCGUGGUCGACGCUACGACGGGGGAGUUCGAAGCGGGCUUCGAUAAAGGGGGCCAAACACGAGAGCAUUUGAUUCUCGUCCGUAGUCUAGGAGUUCAACAAUUAGUGGUGGCUGUCAACAAACUGGACACGGUGGAAUGGUCAAAAGAUCGAUAUAACGAAAUUGUCGAGUCUCUCAGCCAGUUCCUUGUUCAAACGGGAUUUCACCCCUCAAAGACGACGUUUGCACCCGUCGCUGGAUUCCUCGGAGUCAACCUGGUGACUCGAGACAUACCAGAGGCUUCGAGGCUAUCCGAGUGGUACUCAGGCCCCACGCUAGUCGAGCUGUUGGAACAACUCGAGCCACCCGGCAGAGCAGUAGAGGCGCCAUUUAGAUUCCCUGUCACCAAUGUGUUCAGAGGACAAACUGCUGUUUCGUCUGGAUACGCAGUUAGUGGCACAAUUUGCUCAGGCUUGAUUCAGGUCGGCGAGGUCGUGCGAGUUGUCCCUGGAGAUGAGAGCGCAAUCAUCAAGCUGAUAGAACGCGAUGGAGAAACGAUGUUAUGGGCUGCCGCUGGCUCCAACGUUCACCUCUACUUGACAGGUAUCGACUCUACCCAUUUGAGCAUCGGAUCUGUUCUUUGUUCCCCCGCAUCUCCAGUGCCAUUGGCCAGCUCGAUUGUGGCGCAGGUCAUACUCUUUGAUAUUCAAACACCUCUCAUCAAUGGCGCCUCCGUUGAACUCUUCCAUCAUGCUCGCAAUGUCCCGGCCACCAUCACUCUCCUCGAAUCGCUGGAUCGCGUCACUGGAGUUGUCUUAAAAGCAAAGCCUCGCGUCCUGACCAAAGGCAUGUCUGGCAAGAUACGCAUCACGAUCAGGGCAGGCAGCAUAUCGGAGACGGCUGGAUUAGCAUCCUUCUCUAGACUACCCGUUGAAACGUUCAAAACUAACAAGGAUAUGGGACGAGUCUUGCUGCGGAGGGAUGGUGAAACCAUUGCAGCUGGCAUCAUCUUAUCUUAUGACACGUGA